AAGAAAGCAUCGGCAUCCGUGGAACAGCUUCCAUUUUUAUUUUUUAAACGGUGAUAUUAGCAUGACACGUCGUGAAAGUUGCGAUUCUGGAAAAUGGCAGCUGAUGAUGAUGCUGAGGUGUUUGAGAUCACAGAUUUCACAACAGCAUCAGAAUGGGAAAGAUUUAUAUCUCGAGUAGAAGAGAUACUACAUGAAUGGAAACUGGUGAGCUCUCCACCUAGACUGCCAGCUCCAAAGGGAGCUUACACAAAUGGCACAUGGGAAGAAAAGACAGAAGAGCUGACAUUUGCCAAUUUCAAGUUCUCUCUAACACACAGUUGGUUAAAAUCAAAGGAUGAAAAGACUGAGAAGUCUGCAGAGAAAGAGAGUGGAGAGGAAGAUGAUGACAAUGAUAGAGAGAUAACCCCAACUGUGUAUGGAGAUUUAAUGAACAUGGACAAUGAUUUCCCAUCCAGAGCUCAUUGUAUAUGUAGAUGGUAUGGACUACAAGACUUUGUGACACUGAGUCCUGCCAACAAUACUGAAGCAGUUCUAGGAGAAAGUAAAGCCAAACUGUUACUCUCUUCUGUAAACAUUGCAUUAACAGAUGCAGGAUGCUGUGUACCAAUUUUUGUACAAAUACACCAGAAGUGGAGACGAUUAUACCAAGGAACCUGUGUGUUGCCAGGCUCUAAUAUAGAAUUUGGUAUGGUACAUUUAAAGAGGAUUCCAGCCCAGUAUAAUCAUCUAGCUGGACUACUGGAUGUCUUUAAGUCUAAACUGGGUUCUGUUGCUGAUCCACGGCCACCAGUGUCUGUUGCUGUCAGGUUCCUUUAUGGACUGUAUGACUGGGUUAACUCCCCUUGGACACAAGCACUUCCAGUUCGUAGCAGUAAAGUCAGAAAACUAAAUGAUUACGAUGAUGAGGUUGGAUGUUCUGGGUUUGAUCAGCUGCCAUUUGGAGCUUGUGAAGAUCCUGUCAGUGCAUUGAGUUUAUACUGCACAUGGCCAAGUCUGUCAGAGGAUAUGAUUGUAGAAAAUCAAGUUUAUUCUGACCUUGACCCAUUGCAAGCUCCACUUUGGUCAGUUAGAAUACAGAUGACAGAGGAUCCACAAUGUCUCCUAGCAACAACAACACUAACAACAGAAACAACAAUAUUUAAAUGA